AAUUACACUCUUGAUAUGGUAGAGGCUCCAUUGAACUCUAUUCUAAGAAGAAGAAGACAACAUGUGAAUAUUCUUCAGGAUGUUAGUGGAAUAAUAAAGCCUGGCAGGAUGACAUUGCUUCUGGGACCUCCAAGUUCUGGAAAGACCACACUUCUCUUGGCUUUGGCUGGCAAACUUGAUCCCAAGCUAAAGUUUACUGGAAAAGUGAGUUAUAAUGGUCAUGAGAUGAAAGAAUUUGUACCCCAAAGAACUGCUGCUUAUGUCAGUCAAAAUGAUCUUCACCUUGGAGAAUUGACUGCUGUUGCAACUGAAGGCCAGAAAGAAAAUCUAGUAGUAGAUUAUAUUCUAAAGGUUCUGGGAUUGGAGAUAUGUGCAGAUACUGUGGUGGGAAAUGAAAUGUUAAGAGGUAUUUCUGGAGGACAAAGAAAACGUGUAACGACAGGGGAGAUGCUGGUAGGACCAGCUAAGGCUCUUUUCAUGGAUGAAAUAUCUACUGGUUUGGAUAGCUCGACAACUUUUCAAGUUGUGAGAUCAGUGAUGCAUUAUGUCCAUCUUCUCAAAGGAACUGCUGUAAUCUCACUCUUGCAGCCACCACCUGAGACUUACUAUCUUUUCGACGACAUUAUUCUACUCUCUGAGGGGCAUAUUGUGUAUCAAGGUCCCUGUGAGCAUGUGCUCGAUUUUUUUGCUUCAAUGGGUUUCAUAUGCCAUGCGAGGAAAGCUGUGGCAGACUUUUUACAAGAAGUGACAUCUAUGAAAGAUCAGGAACAGUAUUGGGCACAAAGAGAUAAACCUUAUAGAUUUGUGACAGCUAAAGAGUUUGCAGAGGCAUUUAAGUCAUCUCAUGUUGGGAAAAGCCUUGGUAAUGAUCUUGUUACUCAAUUUGACAAGUCUAAAAGUCACCCAGCAGCUUUGACAACCAACAAGUAUGGAAUUGGAAACUGGGAAUUAUUCAAAGCUUGCUUAUCAAGAGAAUACUUACUCAUGAAACGCAAUUCGUUUUUAUAUAUCUUCAAACUUUGCCAGAUUGCUGUGGUGGCCACAAUUACCAUGACUGUUUUCCUCCGGACAGAAAUGCACCAUGACUCAGUGACCGAUGGAAACAUUUAUGCGGGUGCAAUGUUCUUUGGAAAUAUGAUAAUCAUGUUUAAUGGUCUUUCUGAACUUGACAUGGCAGUCAUAAAUCUUCCUGUAUUCUACAAGCAAAGAGGAUAUCUUUUCUUCCCUUCUUGGGCAUAUGCUCUCCCUUCAUGGAUUAUAAAAAUCCCCUUGACUAUUUUGGAAGUGGCUGUAUGGAUAUUCCUCACCUAUUACUUCAUUGGUUAUGAUCCUGAAUUUGGAAGGUUUCUUAAGCAAUUCCUUCUUAUAUCUUCUGUUAACCAAAUGGGGUCUUCGCUAUUCCGGUUCCUUGGGGCAGUUGGAAGAGACAUGUCAGUAGCUUCAACACUAGGAUCAUUUACAUUGGCUUUGCUGGUUGUCAUGAGUGGUUUUUCCCUCUCAAAAGGUAGCUUUAUGGUUUCAGAUGAUAUAGAAAAAGGGUGGAUAUGGGGAUACUGGAUAUCACCUAUGAUGUAUGCACAAAAUGCCGUAGUGAAUAACGAGUUCUUAGGGAAGAGCUGGAGACAUGUUCUUCCCAACUCGACGGAUUCGCUAGGAGUUGAAAUUUUGAAAUCUCGAGGGUUCUUUACUCAGUCUUACUGGUAUUGGAUAGGUUUUGGAGCAAUGAUUGGAUACACAUUACUAUUCAACUUUGGUUACCUACUUGCUCUCGCUUACUUGAACCGUGAGUUUGUUCAGAGUAAUAACAUUAAUUUUUUGAACAAAGAAGAGCCUAAAGUUGUAAAAUCAGACCAUUCUCUAGACAAUGAGGAUAAUAGUGGAAGAAAAAGAGGAAUGGUUCUUCCUUUUGAACCACAUUGUGUCACCUUUGAUGAAGUAACAUAUUCUGUAGACAUGCCACAGGAAAUGAGGAAUCAAGGUGUCCAUGAGGAUAAGUUGGUUCUUUUGAAAGGUGUCAGUGGAAUUUUUAGGCCUGGUGUUCUCACUGCUUUAAUGGGCGUCACGGGUGCUGGAAAAACUACUUUGUUGGAUGUGCUUUCUGGUAGAAAAACUGGUGGAUAUAUUGGUGGGACCAUCACAAUUUCUGGAUAUCCUAAGAAGCAAGAAACAUUUGCAAGAAUUUCUGGAUACUGUGAGCAAAAUGAUAUCCACUCUCCUCAUGUUACUGUAUAUGAAUCUUUGCUCUAUUCAGCAUGGCUUCGAUUGCCUUCGGAAAUCGAGAAAGAAACAAGGAAGAUGUUCAUUGAGGAAGUCAUGGAGCUUGUGGAGCUAAACCCGCUUAGGGAUGCAAUUGUCGGAUUGCCAGGGGUUAGUGGUCUAUCGACGGAGCAACGCAAAAGGUUGACAGUUGCAGUUGAGUUAGUGGCUAAUCCUUCUAUAAUAUUCAUGGAUGAGCCAACUUCGGGGCUAGAUGCAAGGGCUGCAUCUAUUGUUAUGAGAGCAGUUAGAAACAUAGUGGACACAGGAAGAACAAUUGUUUGUACCAUUCAUCAGCCCAGCAUUCAUAUAUUUGAAUCUUUUGACGAGCUUUUCUUAUUGAAGCAAGGAGGACAAGAGAUAUAUGUGGGUCCACUUGGACACCAUUCUUGUAAUUUAAUUAAUUACUUUCAGAGAAUUCAAGGUGUAGGUAACAUUAAAGAUGGAUAUAAUCCAGCAACUUGGAUUUUGGAAGUCACUACUUCAUCUAAAGAAUUAGAAUUAGGGGUUGAUUUUGCUGAGGUGUACAUAAAUUCAACAUUAUACAGGAGAAACAAAGCUCUUAUUCAAGAAUUGAGCACUCCAGCUCCUUUUUCAAAUGAACUUUGUUUUCCUUCAAAGUACUCUAGGUCCUUCGCUGUCCAAUUUAUGACUUGUUUAUGGAAACAACAUUGGUCUUACUGGCGCAACCCUCUGUACAAUGCCAUAAGGUUUCUCUUCACAACCAUUGUCGCUGUGUUGCUUGGCAGCAUGUACCAUAACUUUGGCUCCAAAUAUAAAAAGCAACAAGAUUUAUUUAAUUCGAUGGGCUUUAUGUAUACGGCUAGUAUACUUAUUGGUGUCAAGAAUUGUUUCUCAGUACAACCGGUGGUAGAUGUAGAGCGAGUAGUCCUUCACCGAGAAAGAGCAGCAGGAAUGUAUUCAUCUAUGGCAUAUGCUACUUCUCAGGCUCUAAUUGAAAUCCCUUAUAAUCUUGUUCAAGCUGUGGUUUAUGGAAUUAUUGUUUAUGCGAUGAUUGGUUACGAAUGGAGUGCUACCAAGUUCUUUUGGUACAUAUUUUUCAUGUUCUUCAACUUCCUCUACUUUACCUAUCUUGGCAUGAUGACAGCAGCCAUGACCCCAAACCUACCCAUAGCCGGUUUAAUUAGCGGUGCAACCAUGACAUCAUGGAAUCUCUUCUCAGGAUUCCUAGUCCCACACCCCAGGAUUCCUUUAUGGUGGAGAUGGUACAGUUGGUUGAAUCCAGUAGCUUGGACUUUAAAUGGAUUGAUGACUUCGCAGUUUGGAGAUAUAAAAAGCAAUGUUGAGAUUAGAGGAACAAGUGUUCCUGUACAAGACUAUUUAAGAGACUACUUUGGUUUCAGACAUGAUUUUUUGGGAGUGGUUGCUAUUAUAGUUUUUGGUUUUACAAUAGCUUUUGUAUUGGUCUUUGCCAUAUCGAUCAAGAUAUUUAAUUUCCAACGACGUUAA